AUGCACCUGGCGAAGCCAACUUUGUUUCUGCUGCAAUGCGCAGCAGCAGCAACAGCAGCAACAGCAUCAGUAACAACUGCAGCAACAGAAGCAGCAGCAACAAAAACAACAACAACAGCAACAACAGCAGCAACAACAACAGUAACAACACAGCAACAGGAACAACAACAGCAGCUGCCGCAUCAGCAACAACAGCAGCAGGAUCAGCAACAACAACAGCAACAACAACAGCAACAGCAGCAGCAACAACAGCAGCAGCAGCAGCAGCAACAACAACAGCAACAGCAGCAGCAACAACAGCAGCAGCAGCAGCAACAACAACAACAGCAGCAGCAGCAGCAGCAACAACAGCAAACAAAAACAGCAACAGCAUAA